AUGCGCACGCUUCGCUACGACUCGCACAAAAAUUGCUGUGAGUCGCGGUUCGGUGGAUACUGCGGUGUGCGCUGCUCGAGGUUCGUUGCAAAUUGCAUUAAGGUGCGCGAAGCAGUGGUGUUCUGUUUUGCUGUUGCGGCGAUGGAUGUGGAGGCGUUUGCGCGCGACCAGCACCCCUGCAAGCAGGAGAAGCAGGCGUCGUUCAAGUGCCUGGACGACAACCACUAUGACAAGACCAAAUGCCAGGAGCAGUUUGACGCAUACAAUGCCUGCCGCAAGCGAUGGAUGGAGGCACGUGCAGUACUGAAACGCAAGCAGAAGGAGAUAUAACCAGUGCCCGCGUGCGCAUGUGCAACUGGCUUUGGACGCGUGGUGGUAUUUUGAGAUGGUUGAAAGUCAAUUUCCCCAUCCAUCCCCCAUGUGUCAGUGUUGUAAGCACUGGCCCAUCCUAACGCACUCCAACUUGUACGUACUCUGUUGCAUUCGUUAUGUUACAUUAUCUCUUUUUUAGCUCGAUCGCAGUCACACUCCCCUCGCUCGCGUUGCCUUACUGAAAGCUGGGGCUGUUAGUGUAAUUAAACUCCCUUGCAACCGCAAGCAGGCUUACAGAA